GCCGUGUUCCUGUGUGUUCUCUGUAUUUAUUAGCUGCUAGCUGAAAGCAGCACACGCUAAAAACAACACUCGGCUAAUCCAGACCUGCAGUUUGUGCUCGUUCAGCGGCUGCAGCCAUGGCCUGCCUCGGUUAGCUGAAGCGGCUCAGUUACAGCCUCGCCAGGGACACUUUUCUCUCCUCAAAGUUCAGCCUGUCGGAUACUUGUUUGUUUUUUCUAACGAUGCUGAGCAGCGUCGCUCUGCGGGCUCAGAUCGCCUCUGUUGUCGAUGCCUUGUCCAAAGCGGCAGUGGCAGAAAUCGCCAAAGUUGUGGAGGACGGCAUGGUGGUGCUGCGGCUGGAGAUGUGUCAGCGCGAGAACGAGAUCAAGAAGCUGAAGAGCAACAUCGAGGUCCUGCACACCGAGCUGAGGUCAGCGCAGGAGAGGGUGAGCCUGCGUCCUGACAACCACGGGCGAGACGAUGGUCAGAGUGAUGCUGUUGACGAGAGGCCGUUGCUUGAGACGGUGCACACGGAUAAGGACCAAAACAGCCUGUCCGUACCUGAGGUGCAGGUGAAAUGUGAGCCGGUGGAAGAAGGAAGCGAAGAGGCCCGGGGACAACCUGACCAGCCGGCCUUGUACGAAACAGACAGUACGCAGUGGAGGCCGAGCACACAGACUCCAUCAGCAGGCAACAGCUCGGAUUAUUUGAAUCUAGGGCAGAACUCCUUGUUGUGUCUCACUGAAUCUUCUCUGGACAGCGGACCGUCUGGCAGCGGCUCCGGCAGCUUCCAGCAUAGCCCGUUCAGCCGCGGGCUGCUGGGUUACAGUCAGUACCGUAACUCGUACAACACGGUGCGGAGGAGGACGGUGAAGAGGUUGAUGUUCAAGAAGGGCUUCAUCUGCCCGUACUGCGGUAAAUGUUUCGAGCGAGCCGGGCACCUCGAGAGGCACAAGAGGAUUCACACUGGUGAGAAACCGUAUCGCUGCGAGAUCUGUGGGAGACGCUUCAACCAGAAAUGCAGCUUAAAGGAACACACCAAGAUUCACAGAAGAUGUAUUGAGCCCGGUGCCGUGGAGAUCCAGGUGGGCGAACAGAAGCCGAUUCUGGAGGUGAAUCCAUGCACUGAAACUCAUCGGCCAGAGGAAGAGAGCCACAUAAAGGCCGAGGACGGCCUGCCUAAGAAUGAGGACAUCCUCACAACGCCUGUGCAUGUAAAAUCUGAGCCUGCAGAGGAGAAUAUAACACAGCCGCUGUUUCAUGGAGGAAGUGAGCAGACAAUGGAAGGAGUCGACAGCCUCACUGAGAACUUCACAACGUUUGAGAGAGACGGCCAGCAGUGGAUGUCCAGAUUACAAGGUCAGAACAGCACAGAGAUCAGCAGCACGGAGUUCCUCAGCGGCUCAGCGCAGAGCAUGACGUCCUACCCGGGGCUCGCUCAGAUGCUACCGCCACCCGUCGAACCUUCCUGUAGCACAUUCUCCUUUCCAGGGAAACCAUACGGAGAACUGAAAAACAGCAUGAUAUCCCAAACCCCCUACGGAUCCUCAGACACACUGAUGAUAUCGAGCGAAGCAGGCUUGCACGGUAUGGCGGGAGCCUCGCUGAAUCACCACCACCCACCCCAGCAGAGAAGGAGCAGGUCUUUUCAGGUGAUCAAGCCAAAGAAAUCCUUCGCCUGCUCGUACUGUGGCAAGAUCUUCAAACGCGUCGGCCACCUCGAGAGACAUUUACGAAUUCACACCGGUGAGAAGCCGUACGGCUGUCAUAUCUGCGGCAGGUGCUUCAAUCAGAAGAGCAGCCUCAAGGGCCACAUGAAGACGCACAGAAACGGUGAGAGCACAGACAUGCUGGAGGGACACCACCUGAUGUUCACUAUGCCUGAUAAUCAACCAUUGAAGAACCUGGCCGAGCCAACGGCUGGACUGACAGGUUUAGAAGAACAGUUACCAGGUUCCACGUACAGCGAAAGAGUUGGUGAGCAAACUGUGAUGGUAAAACUGGAGCCCAAUGGGGAGGAUUUUACGACUCUAAGUGAGACAGGGACUGAUAACGGUACAGGAGCAUCAGACCAAAGUCAGCUGUGGACAUCUGGGAUAGAGAAGACUGAAGAUGCUACUGAUCAGAAUGUCUGUGUACUCUUACAUGAUGUCAAGUAUCCGCUCAGUCCUCCUGCUGUCGGGGCGGCCAGCGAGCAGCAGGGAUAUACCUCACCCAUCAAGGACCUGCCUUUUCUAAACCACAAAGAAAAGGACGAAAUGAUGCACGGCGAUCAGUAUUCACUGAUGGGAAUGCAGUCGAGAAGCUCCGAUAUGUCUCUAGCACCCGAGCUGCAAGAUCAGCAUAUGACACAAGAGGUGGCAGUUAAUGAGUACGCAGCGGUGAGUGACAGGACUCACGAGGGAGGUGUGUUUGACUUUAAUAUGAGCGCCUCAGGCGACCGCGAGGACAGCUGUGGCGGGGACCCCAACAGGCAAAAUUGCUUCAUUUGCUCAACUUGCGGGCAAAGCUUUGAUAGCUUCAGUUUAUUUCAGACGCACCAGUGCCAGAAUAUCACAGAGCAAUCCUACGGCUGCACCAUAUGUGGGAAGAUGUUCAACCAGAUGAGCAUCCUGAAACUGCACCUUAAACUGCACGUGGAGUAAAUGUAAAGGGAGAUGUACUGUACGAGUUUCCAUCACAUCCAGUCAUAGCAAAAAGUUCACAAGUUACUGUCUCAUUGAUUGAACGUUCCAAAAGCUAAAGCAGAGGAAGAAAAAGCAUUAGUCUUGUAUCUGGAAAAAAACUAAAGCACACUCUUUAUCGCAACAACAAAAAAAAACUUUUUGACCGUCCGUCACAUUUCAAUCUCUUUGCACAAAAUGUUGUCCUGUUACCUUGACCGACUCCAUCCUCUUAUUUUGGCAAUCAACAGUCAACUCGGUUGUUUUUUUGUUUCAUCGAACUUGGCCAGAUCUGGCCUCAAGAGUGGCUUUAAUGAGGACUUAAUGACUUUAAGUAGAAACCAAACAGUAUUGAGUGUUUCAAGUGGCGUGUGAAGCUGUCCGAUUUCACUAUCUUCACCACAGUGAAAACACUUGAUGAAAUAAUCAGGUUUUUGCUGUGUUCUUUCCAUUCUCACAGUAGGUCCAAGUCAUUUUUGCUCUAUACUAAAAGUACGAUAUGUCAUAACUAUGAACUGCAAGUGUCAGUCAAAUUUAAUGUUACUUAAUUAAAAUAAGUAUCUUUCGAAUUACAAGUAGGUAAGGGUAAAAGAUCAACAAGCUUGUAAGCAUCCAGGUUUAUGUUUUGUUUGUUAGUUUCAAAAAUAUUAUUAACAUGAUUUGAAAAUCAUAGUGUACUUUUUGCCAGUAAUUAGUGAAAUGUGGCUGAAUGAAAACAAAUUAUAGUAGUGUUGUCACGGUACUGGAAUUUCUAACUUUGAUACAACACAAAAAAUAGAGAUAUUUGAUACAGUUUUUGAUACCACGGGGAAAAGUGAGCGCAUCAUUGUGGUUGUAAGAUUUUUUUGAUUUUUAUGAAAAGAAAUCAGAGAUCAGGCCUUGAAACAUAAUGUGUGUGUGUCACCCUGCUGUCAAGAGAAGUACAGCUGGUACCUGUUUAUCGAUACUGCAGAAAAUGAAAAUGUGUCUCACAUUUCAAAUUGAUACUAAUCAAUAUAUUUAUAUCUUGAACAACACUAAAGUGUAAUAUAUAAACUAGAGAUAUCGAUACUAUAGAGGCGUCUUCUCUAUUCAGUGCUACUGUGCCAUUCUUAAGAAAAAAAUGAGAAAUCACUCAAGCUUUGAUAAAACACUAAGUACUAAGACACAUUUUGUACUACAUCAGUAUUCUGUAUUUUAAUAUAUAAGAUAAACUGUCUAUUUGUCUUUUGAGGAGGCUGCAGUGAGGUUCCUACUUUACCUAUUACUCACUUCAGUGAGAGGCUCGGAUCACAGUGUUGCAAACGUGUUUAUGUCAGAUGCAAGUUUUUAACACAACAUCAUUCUGACUUGGUGAGAUUUGCUUGUGGUUAGCAGCUGCAUUUAUUCUGACAAAUUAAUACAGACUUGAGAUUUGUAUUCACAACAGUGGCUUUGAGCUGAAAUUGCAGGAAAAAUGCCAAUUGCCUUUUGAUAAAGAAGAUGGACAGCAGUGUCUCCAUUUUAGGGUGAACUGAAGAAAUAACACCACACUGUAUACCUCAAGUUACCAUCGCCUUUGAAAAAGACAAAUUGAAAUCACACGCUGUGAUUUUUGUGACAGGCCAAGAUUUCAAAUAUACCAGACCACACACUAACCGAACAGGCCAAACAACACGGUCAUGUUUUUCUUGUAGAAAGGUGAAGGGACUGCAACACGUUGAUGCUAAAUCACAUGCAGGAAUUUUGUGCACUACGAAUAACUAAAGAAAUAUGAAAUACCUCAGUGAUACACAGGGUCACCAUGUUCAUCAAGAAUUAGAAAAAGGGAUGCUUCUCUUUGGUUAUGUUGUCACCUUUUAAAAGAUAUUUAUUUUAGGGAGAUUUCUUUUAUGUAGUAUGUCCUGGUUAAUGUCUAGUAUGCAGCAUUGCAUAUGGAAAACUCUAAUUUUGAAAAAAAAACAAAAAACAAACCUGGCUGAAUAGAUGGUUUUAAAUGGUUCUGCAAUUUGCAAGUGACUUGAAGAGGUUAUUCAAGUAGUAAGACUCCAGGUAAGCCCACAGGAAGAGCACCUUUCACGGGCCAACAGGGUGACACUCAACCCUUCAUAGUAAAGUCUGAUUAGUGCCUACAUUAUUCACGUGGGAACGAAAUCCUGAAUCCUGCCACUGCUGUUUAACCUUCCUUUCAAAACUGUGUCACAAAAGUCAACUGCCUGUAAUUUUUUUUCUUUCUUAAUUUAUAGUCCUUUAUUUUUUUCAUCCUGCUUUGAUUCAGUAGUUUACUACAAAAGGUCAGCGAUCAAUAAUCAUCUGUCUGACACCAGUCUGUAGCAUGAUUCACGGGUGUUAUGUGACCUUCACAGCAGUAGUCGAUCACAUUGUACAAGAUGUAAGAUGAUGUUUGAAAAGAAGAUUAUAACGAAAAGAGAAAGAGAGAGAGAUUUCGUUGAAGCUUUUUGUAUUUUCAAAUAAAUUCAAAGCUACCUUCAUCAGA